AACUGCAUUGAGGGCGAGGUUUGAAGGCUGAGACUGAGACAAAAGAAUACGUUGGCUGACAAAGACAGAACUCAAGCUAUAUCACAAUAUAUAGAUCAGAACUUCAUUUUAAAACUUCAGAUAGAUUCGUAAAGCAGGUUAGCCUACAUUAAACGCUUUGGUUUAGUAGCUUAAUGUAGCCUGUUCAUAGCUUUUUCAAGCGAGAUGAAGACAAGAAUAUAAACAAAACAGUUGGAAAACAAGAGUCUUCUUCAGUCUAUAAAAUGAACGGUUUCCAGUCCAGUCCGCCGGAGUGUCCAGCGGGAAGCGUCUGUUCGAUUGAGGGUUUACCCCCUCUACCGAAAGGCCUGAGCGGUAUACUCAACUCUAGCGGGGGCUCCUGGCGGGACAUAGAGAAGGUGUACAGCAAGAGAACACGCAUUCAGGCCGACAUCAGCAAGUCCCGGGUGAGCGACUCCCUUGGUCGAAGCAAACCUGCAAGCUUGGAUGCAGCAUUGGCAAUGUUGCGAAAGGAAAUGGUGGGCUUAAGGCAGUUGGACAUGUCUUUACUCUGCCAGCUAUGGUCACUCUAUGAAUCCAUCCAGGAGUACAAAGGUGCCUUCCAAGACAUCUCGUCCUCUUUGCUAUCCGAGAGUUCCUUCACCACUGAAAAUGGUUAUUCUGAGGAUGAGGAAGAUGAGGAAGAAGAGGAGACUGAAGGAGGAAGCAGAGAGCCUCAGGAUGCCCCUCGGUCCACUUUGCCUCAGCCAGCCCAGAACUCCCGUGACCAGUGGAUCAAAGACUCCUUCCAUAUCCCCAUAUAAAUUUGCCAAAUUCCUACUGUAACUGCACCUAUAUCCUUAAUUCCGUUUCCCUGUCCAAACAAACUUUUGGAUUCAAAGCGGCCUGAAUUACAGUAUAUCAGUGUGGUAAGCGACAUGUUUGCUCUAAAAUAUGAAAGGUCAUUAAUUGCACAGGCUUUUCAUGGUUUUUAAAUGUACCCUAAAAUGAAGGAAAUGUAGCGUGUUGCCCUCAACUGAAGUCUGAAAUACCGGAUAAGGAAGAAAAGCAGGAAAAGGAAAACAAUGACAAAAAGAGGAAUGUUUAAUCAAGUUUUGCCUCAUGUAGCCUAUCUGCGUAGUGUGGAGCCAUUUGGCUCUAAACUACAGAUGUAUAGUCCAAGAUAUCCAUAAUAUAUAUUUUAAUCUUGCUUUGUAUUCAAGUGUAAUUACCACUCUAUAAAUGAAGAUUGUAUUUACAACAUUAUGUAACUUCUUUAUCUACACAACCAUUUUACAUAGUUUUGUUUUUUAUGACAUCAAAUGUUGGGUUUAUUUUCCAUAUAUCUGUCCAUAUUAGGCCUACAUGUAAUUAUGAAUUUGUGAAUACAAUGCUUUUUAUUCAAAACAA